GGCUCUUUAGUUCCGUUUAUGGAGCUGGCAGGUCUGGAACAAUGUGCUGAGGAUUCCGUACCACAUGCGCAGCUACAGAAGAAGAUUCGAAGCAUCUUGCAUAAGCUGAGGAGUAAUCGGUCAUCUUGGCCUUUUGUAGAACCGGUUAAUGCAAAGGAAGUCCCCGAAUAUUAUGUUUAUAUCAAAUUUCCAAUUGACCUCAAACGCAUAAACGAACGAUGUAAAAAGAAGUAUUAUGUGCAUGAACGUGAUAUCAAUUGUCACGCACGUCCAUGUGCCGCUUACGGAUAUGUGAAAAUUUCGGCAAGAAAAUUGUUAAUCCGGGAAUGA